GCAGGAGGCAGGAGACAGACUGAGACUCUUGGACAGACGCACUGGGAUUGCUGGCUCUCUCCCAGUCAGGACACCAGACACUCUGCUGGAUAUGCUGGAUAUUGAAGCCGAGAUACUGGAUGAGGAGUCUGCACCAGAUUUGGGUUUGAACGUACCACACAUGGAGUUUGUUCACAGAUUACUCAGAGGCUUUCUGCUGCUUUGGAGGAAAAUGGGGAUUCUACAACUGAGAGUGCAACAAUGAAUUAGGACGUACACUCAAGAUUUUUGAAAACUACCUGUUGAAGAGUGACACACUAAAGUGUUUCUGGCUUGCCUUACCAUGCCAUACUCAAAGCAUUUGAGAUAUUAUUGGCACAAAUACCCAUAAUCAAUAGGGUCUUGGAUUUACUUUAUGACUUACCUAACUCUAAGUGAAUUGCAUCUGGAUCCAGUGGUAGUAAUAUAUCCUGGGUAAGCUAGUUUAUUUCACUAUUUCACAGACUACGCUGUGUUAGAGAUGACUGGGGCCCUGCAUACUGGACUCAUACUCUUCUCAUUUGCGGUGUUAUGUGACAGUGAGCCAACACAUGCUGUGCCAGACAGAGUGGGGGACUCACAUGAACAACCCAGACUAGUCCAUCUAACUUCUCACUGGGCUCUCCAGUUGGUCAAUGACUCGCUUGCUUUCUCCAGGGCUGACAGCUUCUGUAGAGGCCAGCUCAGCUCACUUGCCUCUCUUGACCAGUCAGAGGAACGGGAAGGAGCCUUGGAGCUUCUUCAGCAGACUGGACUUCGCUCCCCUAUCUGGGUCAGGGAUCCCAGCAAAGCAGCCUCCCAACCUGUGGCCCUCUCCAAACAAUAUUUACACUUCUCAGCUCUAUACUUCCCAAAGGAAUCCCGGGAGGGCUUUGCCCGUGUCAUCAUGCCCUUUCCAGCCCUGUCUUCUAUCAGUGUGUGUGUUCGUGUUCAGUGGAACCAAGAGUGGAAUGAGGUGUCCACCAUCUUCUCCUACGCAGCACCUGUCUUUACUAAUGAGUUCCAGUUAAGAGGACAAGUGGACAUGCAGGGACGCAUCCUCCUGGCAACCAUCAUCCACGGGAAGCACCUGCCAUAUAAGGCGUCCUUUCCCAACGAUGGAGCUUGGCAUCACAUCUGUGUCACGUGGCGCAGGAACGGUGGCCACUGGGCUAUCUAUGUGGAUGGGGACAGGAAGGACAUGGGCUCUGGCACAGAUAUUUCAAGAGAUAUCUACGGGGAUGGGAUACUCAUUCUGGGUCAGGACCAAGAUUCAUUUGGAGGGAAUUUCACAGAGCCCUUUUUUGGAAAUAUCACUGACCUAAAUGUUUGGAAUAUUUCCCUGGAAACAAGACAUAUCCUUGCCCUCAAUGCAUGUUCACCCAUGACCCAGGAAGUGUUUUUCAGUUGGAACCUUGACCACCUAAGCAGCCAUUCAGUGGUCAAAGAGGUGCAAGUGCUUCUGUUUUGCCCAG